UCUCAUUCCGCGGCGGUCCCCGGUUUGUGCUCUCUCUCUCUCUCUUUCUCUUUACAGUCCCGGAAUCACUGGAUCCAGCUGUCUGUUGCUAAUCCGCAGUAGUCCGGAGCCUGUCUGCGUCGAUACGCGCUCUUGCAACGCGGUGGAUCUGGCAGGCUAGCCAGGGUGAUCGAAGGUUGAAACUGGGAAAUUACCAAUCGAAACAGAAACCUCGUUUUGCCUUCGAACCCGGACCGGACGGCAAAUCCACAAUAUACCAACGGAUAUCCCUUUCUGUGGUAUUCAUUUCUUCUUGGAAAAGAUUUCAGCAAAAACAGAAUUUGGAACUGUCUGUCUGUUUAAACUCGGAUGUUGGUUUUCAAAUUUUAUUUUAUUACAACAAUCUUGAGGGGAAAAGAAAAAAAAACACAUCACGAAGACAUUAAUACUGAAUUGGUAUAUAAAAGCCUCAAUACUUUCAGUUGUUUUUCAAGAACGCUAUUCAUUUGAAUGCGUCAUCGUUACUGGAAUUAAAUAUUAUCUAAUUUUUUAAUCAUUAAUGUAAAAUACACAAGAAACAUUUUAGCAAACAAAAUCUCGAAAGAAGAACGCUAAUCACUAAUCAAAGCCAUAUUUUUUAUAUAGAUGUACUUCUUUUCUUUCCCCGCGUAACAGAGAUUGAAGUGUUAUGUUUUCAUCGUUUGCGUAAAGAAUAUUUUUUGGAGAAGACUUCUCUGUUGGGAGGGGAAGAGACUAAAACGCCAUUCUUUUUACCACUGCGACCUGGAUUUUUAAAUGCGAGGGACGAGUCGUUAACUACAGCUGUCAUGUUACACUGAGCCCGAAGAUUCAUCAGCAGAAGUUGCCUGUAUCCAGAGAAGUCCCGCCCCUUUGAGAAGAUGCCUACCUGUCACUGCUCGGGGCGACAGACGCUGUGGUAACAUGCUCUUCUUGGUUACACCUCUGGGGAAGCCUGACUCAGCUGAUGUUUGUGUCUGUAUCCGUAAGGGAAAAAUUUCAACAAAUUCCCAGAAUUCCUUAUCAAGGGAGGGACUAGGCGUACUUCCUGUCUCUGAAGUUUUGAACUUUUUGGGGGAGGAGGAGGUGGAGUAAGAAGAAAGAAAUUAAGUUUGUAUCAUCGUAAAAACAAAAGUGUUUAUUUGAACAUUCUGAAUACUAUUAUAUCGUCCUUUUAAAAAACGGGUUUAAAAAAUCAAAACAAAAAAAAAGCAGAAGACAGUCCCAACAUUCAACCAAUAAGAAUGGCGAACAACAUGGUGGACCACCCCCCUGGGAACUCUGUUGCUGAGGGUAACCACGAAGGCGAGUUUGGUUGCUCGGUUGCUGACCUGCGUGGUUUGAUGGAACUGCGGACCGGCGAGGCAGUCGCCAAUAUCAAGGACAGAUUUGAUGACGUACAGGGCAUCUGCCGCAGGCUGAAAACCUCGCCCAUUGAAGGCCUCUCCGGUAACCCUGUGGACCUGGAGAAGAGGCACCUGGAGUUUGGCCAGAACUUCAUCCCUCCGAAGAAAGCCAAGACAUUCCUGCAGUUAGUGUGGGAGGCACUGCAGGAUGUGACCCUCAUCAUCCUGGAAGUGGCAGCCAUCAUCUCUCUGGGGCUGUCCUUCUACCACCCUCCAGGGGGGAACAGUGAGCAAUGUGGUCAGGUAAGCGGGGGAGUGGAGGACGAGGGCGAGGCCCAGGCUGGCUGGAUCGAGGGGGCCGCUAUUCUCUUCUCUGUCGUUAUCGUAGUCCUGGUAACGGCCUUUAACGACUGGAGCAAAGAGAAGCAGUUCAGGGGGCUGCAGAGCCGCAUCGAGCAGGAGCAGAAAUUCACCGUCAUCCGCAAGGGCCAGGUCAUCCAGAUUCCUGUGGCUGAGAUUGUGGUGGGGGACAUCGCCCAGAUCAAAUACGGUGAUCUAUUGCCAGCAGAUGGAGUUCUCAUUCAGUGCAACGACCUGAAGAUUGAUGAGAGCUCCCUGACCGGCGAGUCGGAUCACGUCAAGAAGUCAGUCGAAAAUGACCCCAUGCUGCUGUCCGGGACCCACGUGAUGGAGGGCUCCGGUCGCAUGGUGGUGACAGCAGUCGGCUUGAACUCUCAGACUGGCAUCAUCUUCACCCUGCUCGGGGCUGGAGGGGAUGAGGAGGAGAAGAAGUUGAAGAAAGGCAAAAAACAAGGAUCUGCAGAAAAUCGCAACAAAGCGAAAGCCCAGGAUGGAGUGGCCUUGGAGAUACAGCCUCUGAAAAGCGAGGAAGGAGUGGAGUGUGAGGAGAAGGAGGUGAAGAAAGUUAACGUCACCAAGAAGGAAAAAUCGGUGCUUCAGGGCAAGCUUACCAGACUAGCAGUACAGAUCGGCAAAGCAGGCCUGAUCAUGUCGGCUGUGACUGUGAUCAUCCUGAUCCUGUAUUUUGUCAUCGACACCUUUGGGGUUCGUGGAUAUGUGUGGACGAAGGAAUGCACCCCAAUCUACAUCCAGUUCUUCGUGAAGUUCUUCAUCAUCGGAGUCACCGUGCUUGUGGUGGCCGUUCCUGAGGGGCUGCCCUUGGCUGUCACCAUCUCACUUGCAUACUCUGUCAAGAAAAUGAUGAAGGACAACAAUCUGGUGCGUCACCUGGACGCUUGCGAGACCAUGGGCAACGCCACGGCAAUCUGCUCCGACAAGACGGGCACGCUGACCAUGAACCGCAUGACGGUGGUGGAGGCCUACAUCGGGGACACCCACUUCCCGCAGGUGCCAGACCCGGAAGCACUGCAACCCGAAACGCUGGAGCUCUUGGUAAAUGGGAUCGCCGUCAACUCCGCCUACACUACAAAGAUACUGCCCCCUGAGAAGGAGGGUGGUUUGCCCCGUCAAGUCGGAAACAAGACAGAGUGCUCUCUGCUGGGGCUGGUCCUAGAUCUGAAGAAGGAUUACCAGGCAGUGAGAGACGAGGUUCCAGAGGAGAAGCUGCACAAGGUCUACACCUUUAACUCUUCCCGCAAGAGCAUGAGCACAGUGCUGAAGAACCCCGUGGGAACAGGCUUCCGCAUGUACAGCAAGGGAGCCUCUGAGAUCAUACUGCGAAAGUGCACUCGGAUCCUGGAUGGGGCUGGUGAAUCUCGGAUCUUCAAGGUGAAGGAUCGGGAUGACAUGGUGUGCAAGGUUAUCGAGCCCAUGGCCUGCAAUGGCCUGCGCACCAUCUGCCUGGCCAUGCGGGACUUCGAGACGGAGCCCGACUGGGACAACGAGAAUGAAAUCCUGUCCAACCUGACCUGCAUCGCUGUGGUGGGCAUUGAGGACCCCGUCCGGCCAGAGGUAACUCGCUUUAAAUCGAAGCUAGAACGGGCUGGAAUCACAGUGCGCAUGGUGACGGGAGACAACAUCAACACGGCACGGGCCAUCGCCACCAAGUGCGGCAUCCUGCUGCCUGGAGAGGACUUCCUGUGCCUAGAGGGCAAAGAGUUCAACACGUUGAUCCGCAAUGAGAAGGGCGAGGUUGAACAAGAACGCCUUGAUAAAGUCUGGCCUAAGCUGCGAGUCCUGGCCCGUUCAUCUCCAACGGACAAGCACACCCUUGUCAAAGGAAUCAUCGACAGCACGGUGGGAGAAACGCGACAGGUGGUGGCCGUGACGGGAGAUGGCACCAACGAUGGCCCCGCCCUCAAGAAGGCUGACGUCGGCUUUGCUAUGGGUAUCGCAGGGACGGACGUUGCAAAGGAAGCCUCUGACAUCAUCCUGACGGAUGAUAACUUCACCAGCAUCGUGAAGGCGGUGAUGUGGGGCCGCAACGUCUACGACAGCAUCUCCAAAUUCCUGCAGUUCCAGCUCACCGUCAAUGUGGUGGCCGUCAUCGUGGCUUUCACCGGGGCCUGCAUCACACAGGACUCUCCUCUCAAAGCUGUCCAGAUGCUGUGGGUCAAUCUGAUUAUGGACACCUUGGCAUCCUUGGCCCUGGCCACAGAGCCCCCCACCGAGUCCCUGCUGCUGCGCAGACCGUACGGGAGGAACAAGCCACUUAUCUCCCGGACCAUGAUGAAGAACAUCCUGGGCCACGCGGUCUACCAGCUCACCAUCAUCUUCACACUGCUGUUCGCAGGAGAGAAGUUCUUUGACAUCGACAGCGGUCGGAAUGCGCCCCUGCAUUCCCCGCCCUCGGAACACUACACCAUCGUCUUUAACACCUUCGUCAUGAUGCAGCUCUUCAACGAGAUCAAUGCUCGCAAGAUCCACGGGGAGAGGAAUGUCUUUGAGGGCAUCUACAAGAACCCCAUCUUUUGUGGAGUGGUGCUGGGCACCUUUGUCUGCCAGAUCAUCAUUGUGGAGUUGGGAGGGAAGCCCUUCUCCUGCUCUGGCCUCACCAUUGACCAGUGGCUGUGGUGUGUCUUCAUCGGGGUGGGAGAGCUGCUCUGGGGUCAGCUGAUCUCCGCGAUCCCGACAAACCGCCUGACGUUCCUGAAGGAGGCAGGCCACGGGACCACGAAGGAGGACAUCCACGAGGAGGAGUACACAGAGGGAACGGAUGAGAUUGACCAUGCAGAGAUGGAGAUGCGUCGAGGGCAGAUCCUUUGGUUCCGGGGGCUGAACCGCAUUCAGACGCAGAUUAAAGUGGUGAAUGCAUUCCGUAGCUCCCUUUACGAGAAGCCAGAGUCGAGGAACUCCAUCCAUAACUUCAUGUCCCAUCCUGAAUUUGGUCCAUCUGCAAAGGACGAGCCUAGGAUCCCCACCAUACAGGAAAGCAGCAUUGAGAUUGAGGGUCUCUCAGAGUCUCCAAAAUCAAAAGGGGGUCUGAGGGCACACUCCCCCAAUCGCAACAAUAACGCGCUGGACAUCGUCGCGGCCCCUUCCCACGGCAACACAUCCUCGGGGAGCCCCCUGCACAGCCAUGAGACAUCCAUCUGAUGACCCUUGAACUCUGACCCUCAAAUCUCCCGUGCAAACACACUACUCCAGCGUGCAUGAUUUUGCCAUGUGCAUGCUUGCCUGUGUCAUGCAAAAUCAGCUGUUGGGCAGGAGAGCUCAGGUCUACUCUGACUUCUUCAGUUACUAUGUGUCGCUCUCAUUAAUCUCUCUCUCUCUCUCUGGUUUUUCUACAUGUUUAUAAUUGUCAGUACUCUGUGGGUUCUAGUUUUAAAGUUAUAUCCAGUGAUCAAAAAAAAAAAAACUUUUUAUAUUGUAUGUGAACUUCAAAUUCAAACAAGUGAAACCACAAAAAUCUGCAAAUAUUCAAGUUAG